CGACAUCCAUCGACAGCCCUCUCAGUUUCAUUUAGCCCUUUUAUACGAGAUUGGCAUACUAUCCUUACUAGUUCUCGUAUGUCCAUGACGUACCGCGGUUGGGGAAAGCUUCUGGGAAGGUUGGGAAGGAAGAUCACUAUACUGUCGUUGGUCCGAUAAAGUACAUUGCAACCAUACGAUACUCGGUACCUUGUAUGACCAUCAAGGGGCUGAUAAUUACUGAUCAAUCUCCAUCAUCCCAACUGCCAGCUGUCGUUACGGAGCUACUGAGUUGCAGAGCUGAAGAGUCACUGAAUUGCGAUACUGAGUCAAUUACCUCCUCUGUGAUAUUCAGAGCUCAAGCCCGUGAUUCAACUCACACUUGACAGGACAGCAGCAGCCAGCUUACUCGCCUUCACGCGGAUAUACGCCAGCCUUACCCAACGAUGGCGACCUUUGCGAGAUCCAACCGGGUCGUGUUCAAUGUGAUCAUUGGUGUCGUUGCCUUCUUGUUUUUCAUGUCUGUUUACCAUGUCUCGUACAAUUACGAUGAUAUUAUAGAUAAAGUAAACGGGAAGACUUCCCCAGAGAAACCCGCGCCGAACACGCCGCCGAAAGUUGAACCCCCCAAGAUCGGAACCCCCAAGGUAGAAGACACCAAGGUUGCAGCCCCCAAGGUCGAACCCCCCCCCAAAGUUGAAGCCCCGAAAGUCGAUACCAAGAGGCCCUCCUUCCGCGAGAUCGGGAAGAAGUACGGCACCGACAAGGUCACCGCGCACCACUACCAGCACAUGUACGAGAAGUACCUGGAGCCGCUCCGCGACCAGCCGCUGAAGAUGCUCGAGAUCGGCCUCGGCUGCGACAUGUCCUACGGUCCCGGCGCCUCGUACCAUACCUGGCUCGAGUUCUUCCCCAACGUCGACCUCUACUACAUCGAGUACGACGCGGCGUGCGCUGAGAAGUGGGCCGCCAACACCACCGGCGCUACCAUCUUCACCGGCGACCAGGCGGACGUGCCGUUCCUCAAGAAAUUCCUGAACGAGACCGGAGGUGGUUUCGACGUCAUCAUCGAUGACGGCGGGCACACUAUGGUGCAACAGAAGACCUCUAUCGAUAUCCUCUUCGAUUCGGUCAAGCCGGGUGGCAUCUACUUCGUCGAGGAUCUGGAGACUAGCUAUGCGCCAAAGUACGGCGGUGGUCAAGGCGUCGCGACCACGUUCGUGGAGCGCGUGAAGGCCAGCCUGGAUGGCAUGAUGCUGUCGAAGCCGACCCCGUACUUUAUGGCAUACGUCUACUCGGUCGACUGCAUGAAGGAGGUCUGCGCAUUUUCCAAGAAAAUGCCUGGGGAAAAAUACGACUGAUCACGCCAAGUAGCCGCUGCGUCGCUGGUGAAACUACAUAUGGGGCCACUGACCCCAGAAACCAUAGGCGACCUAUUUUUGGUAUUCUGAACCUGCAGGCGUGUAGCUUGCAGAAAUUUCGGUGUUCGUCAUUUUUUAGCACCAAUACCGUUUUAUUUUCCGAGAAAAUGGGAACAUAUAUGAGGGGUGAGGGUUAACUAGCAUGGGGUGGGGUGGCAUAUAUACGAUAUAUGGGAAGGACAAUUUGAGGUCCUAUGAUCUAACAGGGGCAUCAUUCUCAGUAUGUAAGGUUGGACUGGGGAUCCGGUAGCAUGCUUGGCUGCAUGACGAUAGCGUGUUUGUAUACUUUUGUUCGAGGAUAGCAUAGGAUACUGAGAAGUGUAAUAUAUAUAUUGCUCAAACUUUGGAGUCAGUCAACCUAAUGAAGGCGCUCGUCUCGUUUGAAGGCCAUUGCCAUGUUAGCCACACCUAUGCC